AUGGAUUUCGAUACAAAGUUCAAUCAUCCCACUCCUAAAACUCCUAGAUCCAGUCCUAGAUUGAGGAUCAAAGAAUCGUUCAAGAAGACCUUCUUCAAGUCCCCUCCAGUAUUUGACGUAGGAUUUCCCACAUCCUUAAGUCCCAUAUCCACCAUAGAGACUCAUAAUUAUCCCAAGGGUAGAGCUCUUAGUUUUGACUACAGUCCCACACCAACAUUAUCUUCUAAUUCAUCCCUUAAUUCGGCCUAUUCUCAAUCUCCUAGUGGCUUAACAUGGCAGGACAAGAAACACAAAGGCCCCAGAAUCAAACCUUACAUUUACACCCAAUCCCAACAGCCACACCAUUCCAAGCUCAACAAACGUGUCGGUAGCCACAAAUGUUUUAUUUGCGAUGAACUAAUCCAAAGUAAGUUGGAUGACGAAAAUAUUCUUGAACUCAAAUGUGGGGAUUUCGUCCAUGAACAAUGUCUUAAGAUCCAAGUUAUCUAUAACAUCGAUAAGUCGUUGACCUCUGGGUCAUUCACUGCUAAUAAAGAGAAACUUGCUCAAAUCAUCUUACCUGUCUGUGAAGGUAAAUCGUGUGAAAGAUUCACCGAUAAGAUUGAAUUCGUCGACGAAGAAUAUUUCGAUUCUUUCCUUAAACUUGCUAUCUCCAAGUCAAUUGACUAUGAUCGGAAGAUCAUUGAUGAGGGAGAAAUGGGUACGGAAGAACAUAUUUUCGGAAAUCCAUUCGAUCUGUCAAAACAUCACGAUCAAAGAAUCUCCAUCAUUCCCACCCAGGGCCCUAAACCCGCCAUAGAUCUUCCUCUACGUUUAACUAGAGAUGAAUCCAUGUUCAGUUACCGGUCUUCCAUACAGAGUACUUCACCUUCACCUACCAUAUCCACCAUCAAUACUCUCGACAUCAAAAUGGCCCAUCACCAACUACUUCCUUUAGAAGAUUUGAAAGACAAGUUACUUCAAAAUUUGAUGAGCCAAUGCACAAAAAUCACUCUAGCUACACUUUCGGGAUUGGGAAACUUGCGUUUGGCUGACAGUCUAUUGAUAAAAUGGGGGAAGAUCCAGAAUUGGGACGAAAAGAAUUGUUUCCUCUUUAAUAAGUACCUUGUGUCUGUAGUCAACAGCUCAGAAUUCAAGGUGGUAGAUCUUCAUGACUUUAACAUCUCCAUAGAGAAUGGUUGGGUGAAAGUUUUGGGCAGAGAGUGUGUUUGGAUCAAUUCUUCAAGUCCUCUGAUACUAGAGAAAUGGUGUAUUGGACUUCUGGAUUGUUCAUUCAAUUUUCCAUCGGAGUAUCUAACUUCCACGCUUAAAGUAAGAGAGUCUACAGAGUUUGUGGAACUGAGGGAGUCCGGGGACUCAAAAGCUAUGGCAUUUGAGUCUUCUGAAACCUACAACUACAUUCAUUCGUCUAGUCAUACACCCAGUUUGAAUUCCGCUUCCACUAUUGAUCAAACAAGAUUCAAAUUCCAUUCUACAAGUUCAGUGUAUUUGGAUGAAGCCGCAGAGACUCUAGCUCAAGUAACUCCUAGAGUCGAUGCUUACUUCAAAGACAGUGAUAGUGACAUGGAUUCAGAUGAUGAAAAGAUCCAGAAUGUUCUCCAUAAUUGGGGAAGUCUCAUCAAAGAUGUAGAGAAAGAAAUCAGCCGACAUUAUUAG